CAUGUUCCAGGUUUUCUUAUCACUGCACCAAGAAAUUUCAGUCAAUCACUUUCAUUUCUUCAGCUGACAGUAUCACGUGUAUAUUUAAAAAAACUUAAGUAUUUUUGCAAUCAAAAUUAUUCAUCAAGACGUCUAUUCAUAUUCAUUUAUUUAUUUUCAUAUAUUUAAAUUAACCUCAUUAUUACGUAAAUGUUUGCCGGAAAAUGUGUUAGUUUAAAUUUUCGAUAAUAAAAAAAGGCAUAUUAUUAUUAAAAUAAUAAAUUCAUCAAUGAAAAUGUUUAUGACAGUAAAUAAAUAAGUGAUAUUUAUAUAAAUAAAUAAUUGAAGUAUUACUUAGUGAUGAUAAUUUAAAGAAAUGAUAUUAAAAUGAAUUGGAUAAGAAUUUCACAAAUUUUAUGUGUUUUUGGGUUUGUAAAAGAAUUUCGUCCAAAUGAACCAUUCAUAUUUGAAUAUUUAACUCACCCGCCAAAAAAUUUUACAAGUGUACAAGUAACAGAAGAAAUUUAUCCAAUAGCAACUUACAGCAAUUUUGCAACUCUAAUAAUUGUAUUUUUAUUAACCGAUUUUCUGAGAUAUAAACCAGUGAUAAUAUUAUGUGGCCUGUCAGGAGUAAUAACAUUCACUGGUCUAAUAUUAGGCAGAUCAAUAGCAGCAUUGCAAUUUGUUGAAUUUUUUUACGGAUUCUACAUAUCAGCAGAAGUUGCAUACUACACAUACAUUUAUGCUAAAGUUGAUAAACAACACUAUCAAUCUGUUUCCAGUUACACUAGAUCAGCUCUAUUAUUUGGUAGAUUCAUUACUGGAGCCGUGGCUCAAUUGAUAGUAGCGUUUAAGUGGCUGGAUUAUCAUCAACUCAACUACCUCACUCUUGCUGGCCAAGUAGUUGCAACAAUUUGGUCAUUAUUUUUGCCAUCAGUUGGCCAGUCGGUUUAUUUUCAUCGUAAAGAACCAAAUGAACUUGAGGGAUCAUCGACUCAAGUAAUUAUUGAUGAUAAAAAAUAUAUAAAUUUAUCUUUGUAUAAAAAAGUACAGAGGGCUUAUUAUUUAUUGUGGAAAGAUUUUGUGAAGGCAUUUACAAAUUUGUAUAUAAUUAAAUGGUCAUUUUGGUGGGCUGCUGCUAGCUGCGGUUAUUUACAAGUACUGUCAUAUGCCCAGCCUAUUUGGCAAACGUCUAUUAAAGAAAAUGAAACGAUUUAUAACGGAGCUGUUGAAGCUCUUUAUACAAUUAUUGGUGGAGUAGCAGUUUAUGGAGUUGGAAAAUUAAAACUUAACUGGUUAGCUCUCGGAGAUGUUAUUUUAUGUGUAUUUUCAAUAAUAAUGGCAAUAUUUUUAUUCAUAACAUCAUGGAGUUAUAACAUUAUACUGCAAUACGCUGUUUAUAUCGCUUUUGGUGUCGUCUAUCACUCUCUUGUCACCGUUGCGAGCUUCGAAGUAGCGAGCAGAAUAUCUGAAGAUAGUUUUGGUCUUGUUUUUGGUAUUAAUGUUUUUCUAGGACUGGCAUUUCAAAGUUUGCUGACGUAUAUUGUUACUAGUGGAAAAGUUCUAAAACUGGACAUUAGAACUCAGUUUGUUGUUUAUGCCGGAUAUUUUGCAGUACUCGGCUCAAUAUUUAUGUUAAUAUCAGUAUUGAAUACAAUAAAAUUAUGCAAAAAAAGAAAAAAAUUAGUAUUGUGCGCUGAAAAUAAAAAUAACAGUCUUGUCACCGAUUGAUGCAAUGUCGCAAUUAUGCGACCAAUAACCGCGAAAUUGCUAUAGCGUAAAAAAAUUACGCCAACAAGUAAUAAAAUAGUUAAUGUCCGGUUUUAUUUUUAUUUAUUUUCUAGAAAAAUAUCAACAAUUUCAAAAAGAACAAUAACUUUAUUUUUUAACAAACAACUUAUUGUGAUACUUAGAAAAAAAUUUAAUACUUAGAAAUUACAAUUAUUAAUUAUUAAAAUUUAUAAUGUUACAUCCUUUGAAUGUUACUUCUCACAAGAGUUAAAAAUUUUGAAUCGUUUUAAAUAUAUAUCAUUUUCCAAACAGGGUUUAAAGGGGAAAAGGGGUCUGAGAUACAAAAAAAAGAGGAUGUUUUUUUUUUUUUUUUUCAGAGUAUUUCAGUUACUGAAAUUCCUAAAAUUUGUGACAUUAUUAAGUAUCAUUGCAAGAAUAUUCUGCUAAAUUUUUAUAAAAAAAAUUGAAAAAUAAGCCAGUGGUAGUGGGGAGAGACGAGUCUCCUUGAAAAAAAAGUUUUCAUGCCGUAGACAGGAUAACUCAUGACUGCUUCAUCUAAAAUCAAAAAAAUUUUUUUAGCACAUGAGGUUAUCUUAAAUUUAAACGAAGAAAUAAACAAAAUAUUCAUUUUUGAAUUUUUGGUAAAGGUGCAAUAAAAAAAUUCUGAUUUUUACCAAAAAUUGUUCCUUCUGUUUCAUUAAAAAAUAAGUAGUUAUUGAAAACAAAAAACUUUCGUUCAAAUUUAAGACAAAUUCAUGUCCCAAAGAAUUUUUUUUGGUUUCUCGAUUUCCAAUGAAGCCAUUAUGAGUUAUCUUGCCUACAGCAUGGAGAUUCUUUUUUGAGGUGACUCGUCUCUCCCCACUACCACUGGCUUAUUUUUCAAUAUUUUUUUAUGGAAAUUCAGCAGAAUAUUCUUGAAAUGAUGCUUAAUAAUGUCAGAAAUUUUAAGAAUUUUAAUACAGAAGGUAGACUAAAAAAAAUAGCCUCUUUUUUUUAGUUUCUCAGACCCCUUUCCCCCUUAAAAAUAAUUUUUAUCUAUAAAAUAAUAAUUUCAAGUAUUUAAAUAAUUUUUAUAGGCAUUUAUAUAGAUCAGUAUUUUUUAUAAAUAAAAUAAAUAAACCAUAAAAAAAAAUGUACAUAUACAUAUAUAUGUAGAUAUAUAUUUAUUUAGUGAGUACAUUAACUUUCGACACGUGGAAUAACCCACGCGAAAUUUAAAAAAGAUCAUUUUUUAUUUUAUAUAUUUACGUAUGAGAAAACCUUGACUGUAAAAGUAAAGUGCCUGAAAUAAAAUGACCAUUUGAUUUUCGAGUGGGAAAAUCCCGUAGUAUUUUAAUAAUUUAUCACAAAUAUUAUUAAUCAUUUACUUUUAUCAAUAAUUCAUUCUUAUUAUUAUUAAUUAUUUCCAUUACAUUAUGACUGACGUACAAUUGUUUUAAAUAAAAGAAUAAAAAAUAUUGAAGAGAUAAAAAAAUAAAUAUAAGGAAAUAAUAAAUAAAUCUAGUCGGUCAUGGAUAGAGAUUAAAUAAUGAUACAUAAUUUCAUUGGGAUUUUCCCUUGUCUCAGUCUCGAGAUGAGAUAAGAUGAGAUGAAAUGAAUGAUGAUGAUAAUGAUGUUAAUAUGGUACAUGAGAGUAACACACUUACGAAUAUCGUAAAAGUGUUAAAACAACUAGUAAGUAAAUGUAUGGGUGAAUACUCUGGACAUAAAUUUAGUAGUAGAAUGAGUCGCUUAUUCAUUUAAA